AUGAAGAGCUUCACCUUAAUAACAGCAUUCCUUCUCUGCAGCCUCAGCUGGAUCUCUGUCUCAGUUUCUGAGUCUCAGACUGUGGAGGUCCAGCCUGGUGAUGAAGUCACACUGCUGUGCUCCAUCAUCUCGACAACCCCAACUCAGACAGACUGGUUCAGAGUGGUCAACGGAACCAAAGUCAGCUGUAUCGCCUCUAUGUACGGGUCUGAGGGCAAAGCUUCACUCUGUGAUGGAUUUCAGAAUACAAAAUUUGAAAUGAGUUCAAACAUCUCUACUAUCUUUCUUAAAAUCACAAAAGUGGAUUUAUCUGACUCUGGACUGUAUUUCUGUGGAUUCUACAUCAAGACACACACAGUCAUUGCUGAUGUGACAGAGUUACAAGUCCAAGGUAAUGGUGAAUCUGAAGAUGAAACACAUUUAACGACUAAAAGUAAGAAGUCUGAUGGAAGAAUAAACCUGAUGAGUGUGAUCCUGGGUGCUGUGACUUUCUUGCUCACUAUUAUCAUCAUUGUUCUGGCUGUUAAAAUCAGGAAACUUCAGACAGCUGCCAAUGAAAAAACACAGCCAGAAAGACACAAGAAUCAGCACACAGAUGACCUGAACUACGCAGCACUGAAUUUUCAGCCAAAAGCAAAAAGAACCCGCCGGCCUGCAACCGAAAAAGAAAAGGAGCUGAGUGUUGUCUAUGCUGCCACCAGAUAA